GUGCUUCAGCGUGUAUAUUACCUGUCACUGGAGUUCUACAUGGGUAGGGCGCUCCAGAACACCAUGAUUAAUCUGGGUCUGCAGAACGCCUGUGAUGAGGCUAUCUACCAGCUGGGUUUGGAUAUGGAGGAUCUGGAAGAGAUGGAAGAAGUUGCCGGAUUAGGGAACGGAGGGCUGGGAAGAUUAGCAGCUUGUUUUCUCGACUCCAUGGCGACUCUGGGUCUGGCUGCUUAUGGAUAUGGGAUCCGAUAUGAGUAUGGAAUCUUCAACCAGAAAAUCAAAGAUGGCUGGCAGGUGAAUUCACCCAGAUUUCCUUAA